AUUGAAUUCAUAACAAUUUACCAAACUUCAAAUACAUUAAAAUCACUGUUAAAAAUAAAUCCUAUAGCACCAUAUAUACAAUUGACGGAUCCAUAUUCUUGCUUCAUCUUCCACUUCAAGUUUUCAGCAACAAUGGCAGAACUCAUCAUCGUUGACUUUCAAAACAUAUCUAUCUUCAUCCUCUUAUGUCUCUUCUCAUUCCUUUGUUACGCUCUCUUCUUCAAGAAACCAAAAGGCUUUGACCUGCCUCCGAGCCCUCCUUCUCUACCAAUCAUCGGUCAUCUUCACCAUCUUCUCUCAUCAUCUCUACCACACAAGUCCUUUCAAAAACUCUCCUUCAAGUAUGGACCUCUUCUCCAUCUCCGCAUCUUUAAUUUCCCCAUGGUCCUCGUCUCAUCAGCCUCAAUGGCCUACGAGGUCUUCAGGACAAACGACGUAAACGUCUCGUAUCGCUUUGUCCCAGUCAACAAAGACUCUCUAGUGUUCGGAUCUUCAGGAUUCGUAACCGCUCCUUAUGGAGAUUACUGGAAGUUCAUGAAGAAGCUCAUAUCCACGAAACUACUCCGACCACAUGCACUCGAGCUGUCGAAAGGUAACCGUGCAGAGGAGCUACGUCGGUUUUGCCUUGAUCUGCAAGGUAAGGCGAGGAAGAAGGAGAGCGUUGAGAUCGGUAAAGUAGCACUAAAGCUCACUAACAACAUCAUAUGUAGGAUGAGCAUGGGAAGGAGUUGUUCAGAGAAGAACGGUGUAGCGGAGAGAGCAAGGGAAUUGGUUAACAAAUCCUUUGCCUUAUCAGUGAAGCUCUUCUUUUCAAACAUGUUCAGAAAAGAUAUAAUGGGAGUUUCUCGUGAAUUCGACGAGUUUCUUGAGAGGAUUCUAGUGGAACACGAGGAGAACCUUGAGGGGGAUCAAGAUAGGGACAUGAUUGAUCAUUUGUUGGAAGCUUAUAGAAACGAAGAAGCAGAAUAUAAGAUCACUAGAAAACAGAUCAAGUCUUUAAUUGUGGAAAUUUUUCUUGGAGGCACUGACAGCUCGGCGCAGACGAUACAAUGGACUAUGGCGGAGAUACUUAACAACCCCGGCGUUCUCGAGAAAUUAAGAGCAGAAAUCGAUUCCGUUGUGGGGGGAAAAAGGUUGAUUCAAGAAUCAGAUCUUCCAAACCUCCCUUAUUUGCAAGCUGUUGUUAAAGAAGGGCUAAGAUUGCAUCCCUCGGCUCCUGUCUUGUUAAGGGUAUUUGGAGAAAGUUGCGAGGUCAAAGAGUUCUACGUACCGGAGAAAACAACACUUGUUGUUAAUCUCUAUGCUGUGAAUAGAGAUCCUGAUUCUUGGGAAGAUCCUGAUAUGUUUAAGCCAGAGAGGUUUUUAGUUUCUUCGAUAUCAGGAGAUGAAGAAAAGAUAAGAGAGCAAGCCGUGAAGUAUGUUACUUUUGGAGGUGGAAGGAGGACAUGUCCCGCGGUAAAACUAGCUCAUAUCUUUAUGGAAACUGCGAUUGGAGCGAUGGUGCAGUGUUUUGACUGGAGAAUUAAAGGAGAGAAAGUAUACAUGGAAGAGGCUGUUUCAGGACUUAGUUUGAAAAUGGCUCAUCCGCUUAAGUGCACUCCUGUUGUUCGGUUCGACCCUUUCAGCUUUUGAUUUACAUAAUCCAAGUUCGGUGACUUGUUAAGAUCAAAGACGUUUUACUAUGUUAGUUGUGCUUGUUGUAUUUCAAAGUCAAGUAUGUAAGAAUAUUUUAUGUUUAUAUGUAAGUUAUGUCUAAUAAAAUAAUAAAGAUCACGU